CAAAAUUUAUAAGCUCAACACCUUCAUAAUCAUCAUACAAACCACAGAUCAACUCUACACCUGUUCGCCGAUAUUAUUCCGACGACGUCGUUCUCCUCCGGUGAAUAACCAUUUGCUGCUAUUAGUUAUCUGGUUGUCGUUAUCAUGAAACCAGAAUAUGCAGGAACAAUGAACGAAUUGGAUGAGAUGCUUCUUAAAGCGGCAGGAGUAAACAACCCGGAUUCCCCACCGCCAUCUAGGAGACGGCGUAAGGGCUCGUAUUCCGAUGAUGGAAGUGAUUCAAGAGAUGACGAGUCGGAUGAUGACCGUGGGUAUGCUGGCAGGAAGCCUUCCGGUUCUCAAGUUCCGUUGAAGAAAAGACUGGACCCCACAGAACGAGACGAUGAACAUAGCAGCAGCCGUGAAGAUGAUGAAGACGGUGAUGAUGAUGAUAGGUAUGAUCGUGAGGGUGACAGUGAUGAUGACUCUGUUGGAAGUGAUCUUUACAAAAACGAAGAAGAUAGAAAACGGCUCGCAAAGAUGUCGGAGCUUGAACGAGAGAUGAUACUCGCUGACCGUGCAACUAAGAGAAACGAUAAAGAUUUGAAAAACACUCUAAAGGAUAAGAAACAGAAAGAAAAGUCGAAUCAAUCAAGAAAAGACAAUCCUCCACCACAUACAGCUAAGCUCCGUUCUUCUGCUCGGUUAGACCGUGCGGAUAAAAAAGACGGUGCGUUGAAUCAACUACGCAACAAGAAAAUGCAACGUCAGCAAGAUCCAGAGUCUCGUUGGAAGCGUAAAGAUACCGACUCCAUAGGCAAACAGAAGGGCUUCACAGGUGCUUUAAGCACCGCAAGUCGUAGCGUUAGUGGGUCCCAGAGUGAAGAUGAAGAUUCAGUACGCGAAACGGGCGAUACGGAUGAUGAAAAUGUGUCAGAUUCGUCAACCCUUACGUACGAGGAUGUGAAGGGAAUUACGAUAAGACGGUCGAAAUUGGCAAAAUGGUUUAUGGAGCCUUUCUUUGAGGAGUUGAUUAUCGGUUGCUUUGUGAGGGUUGGUAUCGGAAAGUCGAAAUCGGGCCCGAUUUACCGGCUCUGUAUAGUUAGAAACGUGGAUGCAGCUGAUCCCGACCGACAAUACAAGUUGGAAAACAAGAUGACUCAUAAAUAUCUGAAUGUUGUCUGGGGAAACGAAAGUUCUGCUGCCAGGUGGCAGAUGGCUAUGAUAUCAGACUCGCCACCAGUCAAAGAAGAGUUUGACCAACUACUUCGAGAGGUUGACCGGCACGGUGGAAGGAUGCCUAGUAAACAAGAGGUGUUGGAAAAACGAGAAGCCAUUGAAAAAACCAACUCGUUCGUCUACUCUGCGGAAACCGUGAAGCAAAUGUUACAGGAGAAAAAGUCAACCAUAAGAAGACCAUUAAACGUUGCGGCUGAGAAAGACCGGUUAAGGAGAGACAUGGAAUUCGCUCAAAUGAAACACGAUGAGGCGGAAGUUGAGAAGAUUAAAGCAAGACUUCAAGAACUAGAAGCUUCUCGUCAAGGUCAAGAGAAAGAUAAGAAGGCAAUAAGACUCGCGGAAAUGAAUAGAAAGAAUCGCGUCGAGAACUUCAAGAAUGCUUCUGAAAUGAAGCCCGUGAAUACGGGUCUGAAGGCUGGUGAAGCGGGUUACGACCCGUUUUCAAGAAGGUGGACUCGGUCCAGGAAUUACUAUGUUUCGAAGCCCGGUGAAACCGCUGCAGGUGAAGCCAAUGGCGGGGACGCGCAAACGGCUGCAGGAGUGGGUCCUAAAGCGGGCCUUGUGGCUACUGCGGCUGCACUGGAAGCUGCAGCCGAUGCGGGGAAGUUGGUGGAUACUAAUGCUCCUGUGGAUCAAGGGACCGAGUCAAACAUGUUGCAUGAUUUUGACCUGCCGAUUUCGUUGGCGUCACUUCAGAAGUUUGGUGGGGCCCACGGAGUCCAGGCGGGGUUCAUGGCUCGGAAACAGAGGAUAGAAGCAACAGUUGGGUGCCAGGUCCCUGAGAACGAUGGAAGGAGGCAUGCGUUGACCCUGUCGGUUAGCGACUAUAAGAGACGUAGAGGUUUGCUUUAGAAUGUGAUGAUGCGAAAAGCUCUUGAUGGAACGGAUGGGGUUUUUGUUACAAGUAGUUUUGCAGCUACUGUUUAAAGACGGUAUUUAUGCUUUCCUUAUGUGUUUUGAAAAAUUACUAGUGUUUUAGCAACUCCUAUUAAAGUUUGAUAUAUGUUACCAGAAGUUGAAAUGAUUCU